CUACGCUAUUAUGUUAUUAUUUACUUCGAUAAGUGUAUUAAAUUUUAUAUUUGGCCUUGAAGGCUAAAAUUGAUCGAUAAAAUACGUAAUGUCUUUACAUGCAGAAAAUGUUUACAUAUCAAGAGAGCUGUUAAAGAUUUCUGUCGUAUUAAAUAUCUUUGCACUUGAUUAUUUUUGUUUAGUUAAUUCUUGGCAAAAUAUUUAUCAAUAUCAUUUCUGUUCAUAUAGUCGAAAUAAAAUGCUUUUUUAUGCACUGAAGCGAAUAGAUUUCCACAAUUCCACUAAACGUGAACAGCGAGCAGCUCAUUCAGAAGCAAAGCUUUUAUGUACAAUUAAACAUCCAAACAUUGUUACAUAUUUAGAUUCCUUUUUUAACUGUAAAGGAAGUUUAUUCAUUGUUAUGAGUUAUUGUGAAAAAGGAAGUCUGCAUGAUGUAAUAAAAAAUAGAAAUGGAAUUCUCUUCAAAGAAGAUGAAAUAAUUAACUGGAUUGUUCAAAUCUGUAUGGCAUUAAAGUAUCUUCAUGACCAAAAUAUUCUUCACAGAGAUCUCAAAACCCAGAAUAUUUUCCUAUCAAAGCAUAAUUUAAUUAAAGUUGGAGAUUUUGGAAUAUCUCGUUUAUUUAAAACUGAAAAUGCAUCAGCAUCUUUAUUUUCAUCACCUUCGUAUACAAGCCCUGAAGUUUUUUUUGGGGAGCCUUUCUCCCAAAAGUCAGAUGUCUGGUCUCUAGGCUGCUGUGGAUAUGAAUUGGCUACCCUGAACUAUGCUUUUACUAUGCAAGACAUUUCUUCGUCGAUGCACCAAAUUAUAAAUACAAAAAUAUCUUCAAUAGCUGAAAAUUAUUCAUCAGAACUAUUUUGCCUUAUAUCCUCGAUGCUUAAUGUAGAACCAGAUAAACGUCCAAGUGCCACCACACUAUUGUUGAAUGAUUAUAUUCGCAAGCACAUCUUACUUUUCCUCAAAGAUUCUUCUGAUAGCAGUUCAUCACAUGACUGUAGAUGUAGAAGAAAACGUACUACCAGUUCAGGAGUAAAUUCUGAUACAAGUUCUACUACAUGCUCUAGUGAAGAAUCAAAAUUCUCUGGAUUCAGCAAAAUCAGUGAAAGCUUGUUUAAAACCGUGCCAGAUGUAAAUGGAAAUGGUGAUGGUAACGACAAUAGUCAACAACAAGCCCUUAGUAAAGAUUCGCCAUGGGCUCAGCACGAAACUCAAGUCACGCCACCUUCCCUUUACUACAGAGCAGAGGAAGGACCGUGUACAUCUGGAAAAGUUUCAGAAACUUCUGUGUUUAAUUAUUGUAUAGAAAAGCCUUGCACAUCCAAAGUAAAUAGCAGCACCAUAACUAAUGUCUUACAGUUCGAAAAAAGACUUCAAUUACAGUUACAGAAAAAUAAAAGUGAAAACUCGUAUCAUUUCUUAAACUCUCUGACAAACUCGUUAAAUAUUUCGAGAUUUAAUAGUAUGGAUUGUUCCAGUGACAAGCCAUUACUUAAAGGUAAAUUUAAUUAUGGGGAGAAUCCACCGAAGUCAGCAGAGAACUUAUUUUCAACCUCUCAAAAAUUAGACUAUGAGGUUUCCAGGAGGCCAGCCACAAGUGCUAUUGAAACUUUUACUGCGGUAGAUGGAUCAUACUUGCCUCAAAUAAAAGAAAAUACUUCUGAUAGGAAUAAUGUAACAAAAUUGUCUGACAUUAAUCUGCCUCCAUUGUAUAUUUCAAGUGAUUCUAGUAGCCAGAAUAGUGAAACCUUGAGCAGUCUUCCAAACUUAGAAGAAUCUAUUGUAGAUAAGUUUUUGUUGAGAAAUAUUAUGGAAAGUACCAAAGUCAAACAGAAAGAAGUUGCAAUUCCGGAAAAAAAUGUCAAAUAAUUUUUAUCCAUAUCAACUCAGCCUUAUGUUGUGCUUAAACUGAAUAUUAAACCCAAGAUGCAAGAAAAUAUUUAUUAUGAACCUCAGAUAUUAAUUCAAAUUAAAGAGAGGAAGUUUCUAUAUCUUUAGAAGUACUUCUAGAAGUAAUUUUAGGAACCGUGAAAUGAGCUCAAGUUAAAGCCAUUAAGGCAUACAGCUAUCUCAGUGACCAUAAAUUAUCCUGAUAAGUGCAAAGACAGGGAAAUUAUCUGUUUUGACAAUAUUUAUGGAAUUGUAACACUUGUGUACCUUAUUUUUUUAUAUUUGUGUGUUUCCCGUGUGCUCACACUUAUGAUGAAUGUUUGUAAUAUUGAAACACUAAGCAUGUCUUAAUUAUUUUAAUUUGAACUUAUUACAUUGUUUCCUGUCUAUCUUUCCUUACAAGAUUUGAAUUUAAAUGCUUUUUUUUUUUUAACUAAAGAUUUUUAGAUUUGAAUAGUUUGCCUUUUAAAAUUCUGUACUAUUUGAAGACCAAGGGGGAAGAAUGGUUUGUGU